AUGAAAGAAGAUUUGGAUAAAGAAAAUAUUCAUUUAUUUAAUUCACUUAAACUUAAAUAUAUUCUCCCUCAAUCUUUAAUUCAUCUUAUCCAAUUAGAUAUUUCUAUAGAACACUUUGAACAAAACAUUAUUGUUUAUGACUCAUUUUCAAAUAAAACAAGCUACUUAAGAAAUUUAAAAAAAAAUUUAGAAAAAGUUCAUUUUACUUUAAUUCAAUGUGGAGUAGAUUGGAUUUAUAUUAAAACACUUCCAAAUCUUUAUUUGAAAGUUAUUACUUAUGUAAAUAAAAUAAAUGAUAUUCAAGAAUAUUCAUUAUCAUUAUCACAGUUAUUAACAAGGGGAAAUACUUUAAAAUUUGGAAUUGUCUCAUUUGAGGUAAAUCGAAUUUUUGUUAUUUAA